AUGGACGCUUUCAGGUUGUUGACGCGGUCAACAAAAUUCAAGCCUGCCUCUGCAGCUGCAGAGUCUCGUUUGCCCUCCACCGGAAAAGCAGCCAACCCGCAGCUCUUCCGCACCGCGGAGGCCGACGAGCUCGUGUCCAAGAAUGGCAAAAAAAGAAAAAGAGGCACUACCGCCCAACAGGACGAAGAAGAUGUCCCUGACCUUGACUUCUUCAGCUCAAAUAAGCGUCCUGCAACUAGCGUGACAGAAACCGCUGUUGCAAUCGAGGAUGAUGCCGAAAAAGCCUCCUCCCAAGAUGUAUCAGAUGCGGCUGAAUCCAUGGAUGAAGUGCAGCGUCGCACAAUCUUGAACUCACACAAGAUCAAAGUGACAGACAUGCGCGACUUGGAUGAUAUCCAGCAGUCUGAAUCUACCAAGGACUCCAAGGACUCUAAGAAGAAAAAGAAGAAGUCUAAGAAGGAAGAAGCACCUGUUCUUAGCAAGAAGGAACAAAAGCGCGCCAGGCGCUUGUUCCCUGAGCCGCUGCUCGACUUCAAGGAGCUGCGGUCGAAAUACAAAAUCUCCUCGCGGCUUGCGGAGAACGUAGCGGAUCAAGGAUUCACGGUGCCUACAGAGGUCCAGCUUGGAACACUCCCCUUGCUGCUCGGAGAGUCUUCUGAGCCAGAUCUCCUGGUUGUUGCGCCUACUGGCAGCGGCAAAACUUUGUCAUUCUUGAUCCCUGUGAUCAACAAGAUUGUGCGACACCACCACUCACACCCGGACGAGCACGGCAUUCUCUCUGUGGUUGUGGCGCCUACCAAGGAACUUGCUAGCCAGAUCGUCAACGAGGGCCGCAAGCUAGUGGUUGGAACUGGUGUCAAGAUUACCCUAAUGAAAAAGGGCAUGCGUGUUGGUGACGAUGGUAAUGCCAAUGUUCUUGACGAGAAAAGUGACGAAUCAUCCGCGUCAGAGGACGAAGAUGCCGACAACAAGCCUAAAAAGGAACGAGCCAAUAUUCCACUCACCAAGAGUGACAUCCUCGUGACUACGCCAUUGAUGUUGGUCAACGCUCUAUCUGCGAAUCGGACAAGUACUAUGGCGACCCUGCCUCUAGUGCGCAGCCUGGUGAUGGACGAAGCAGAUGUUCUCCUAGACCCCUUGUUCCGGGAACAGACACUCGAUAUCUGGAAAUCAUGCUCGCACCCUGACCUACGGGUCGGUCUAUGGUCAGCCACCAUGGGCUCAAACAUCGAAGAUAUGACCAAGUCGACAAUCAAAGAACGACAGGAAGACCUCGGACAAAAGCCAAGCGAGUCACACGCACUGCUUCGCCUAGUCGUAGGAUUGAAAGACUCCGCGAUCCCCAACAUCGAGCACAAACUCGUGUACGCAGCGACAGAACAGGGUAAACUCCUCGGCCUCCGCCAACUCCUCCGCCCAUCAGCAGCCUCAGCCUCCGACAUCCGCCUCCGACCUCCCUUCCUCAUCUUCACACAGACCAUUCCCCGCGCCGUGGCCCUCCACUCCGAACUGAAAUACGACAUCCCAGCCGAAGCAGGCGGCUCGUCACGAAUCGCCGUGCUCCAUUCCGACCUCUCCGACAUCCAACGAUCAGAGAUCAUGCGCGACUUCCGUAAGGGCGAGAUCUGGAUUCUCGUGACAACAGACCUGCUCGCGCGCGGCGUGGACUUCCGCGGCAUCAACGGCGUAGUCAACUACGACAUCCCCAACUCCGCAGCUGUGUACGUGCACCGCGUGGGCCGAACCGGACGCGCCGGCCGCGAGGGUGGCAUCGCUGUGACCUACUACACGAAAGAAGACAUCCCGUACGUGAAGAGCAUUGCGAACAUCAUCGAUGUGAGCGAGAAGCUGCGCGGCAAAGAAGGCGACAAGUCCAUCCAGAAAUGGCUGCUGGAUGCGCUGCCGAACCUGAGCAAGAACAGCAAGAAGGAUAUGAAGAGGCAUGGUGUCAAGGCACGCCAGGCUCCUCGAUUGACCGAUAAAGAGGAGGAUGGCAAGGGUGCCCGUGGUAUGAGGAUUAGUACUAAGAGUGGCUUUGAGCGCCGUCUGGAGAAUAAGAAGAAGGGUGCUAUUGCGGCUAGUCGGAGCAGGAAGGCUGCUGCGGCUGCUGAUGGCAACGUCAGCGAUGCCGGUAGCUGGGCUGGUUUGGACUAA